GUUAUUUUUAGCUUAUUAAUUUUCAGUGUUUUUGCGUCAUAGGUGUACUUUUUAUCAGGUGCCUCAGCCAAGCAGAAGUGAAACCCGGCAGUUUUGGGUUAAUGACAAUAACGAUAUCUCUCUCUCCCUCUCGCCUUUGACGUGUUAGCAGCUCGCGCACACUUCUCACCCCUCCCAGUGAAAAAGUGCCACAUGACCUGUCGAAUAGGAAGUGUCGAGCUACGUACCGAGCAGCAGCAGCAGAAACAGAGACGCAAGACGAGAGGACGCCGUGAAAUCUCUGAAGUCCCAUCCCCGACGUUUCUCAGCAGAUACGUUUCCCCCGUCGAGCUGAUAAGAGCAAUAAGUUGGCCGCAGUCAUGUACUUGAGGGUGGUGUUUUUCACUGUAGUUGUAGCUCUGAUUGGCGCAUCAGCCGCAACAGACUCAGAUGGAUGUUCCACUCUGUCAUGCGAUUCAUGUGGAACCACUAAUGAUGACUGCCAGUGGAUUAACUGCACAACAUUAUCUCUUGGCUGUCACAACAAGACUCUUCUGGCAGAAAACGAGACCUGCAGCAAUGCCAGCUGCUCAGCUUUUGAACUCACCACAGCCCUGAUUUCAACUACCUCUGCUCCUUCGACUGCUCCCCCUCCCGCUACAGCCUCCCUUACCCCUGUUGUCACCACCACCGCUAACAGCAGCACCACAGGCAAUGGAACCAUUAUUCCCACCGUUGCCCCCACUCACAGUGGUAACAUCUCCACCUCUACGACUCCAUCCUCUGCUUCAACUGGAACCAGCACAAGUGCCACGCCAAUUUCCCCCUCUCCUGACCUUCACAAGAACACCUUCGAUGCUGCAAGCUUCAUUGGUGGAAUAGUUCUGGUCCUGGGCCUGCAGGCCGUGAUCUUCUUCCUCUACAAAUUCUGCAAGUCCAAGGACCGCAACUACCACACCCUCUGAAGCAACUGCACUUUUGGAUCCACAUCACUCGAUAUCCCCACCAACUAGAACCUUCCAGAGAAGACUCCCCACUCGGCACGCACUCAUCACGACGGACUCAAACAGUGUUUUCAAGCAGGUUUUCUAGAUCUUUGAUGUUUGUGCCACUUGUGGUUUAGGCCUGCAUUAGCACUGCUGUUGUAGUCUGUAUUAAAGCACCCACUCAGGCCUGUAUGUAUAUUCACUUCGCACUAACUUGUACAACUAAACAGAUCUCCAGUGAUAUGGCAUUUAAGCCUUGAGCAUAUGGAUUACAUCAUCUGGUUGCUACUCCCACCUCCAUCAUGCUGUCAUUCAGUGAAGACCAUUUUCCAGCAAAUUGCGGGGUUUGUGUUAUUUACAGCCCCUCUUCUCAUGAUUCCUCAGUCAAAUACACCACGAGUUAAAUUACUCAUGUAUUCAAAGUAGCUUUUCUGUUGAUGCUUGGGAGUAGUACAGCUGCAAACUGGUAGCAGUGACAUGAUUUUUUUCGUCUUGAUUUUUAAACACUGUUUGAGUUCACAGCUAUUCUUAAACGUGACGACUGUGAUGAUUCAGUAUUGCUUUCCGCCUCAUGAAUCGUGGGCAGGUUCCCUCUCCCCCGUGCAGCUGUAUCAUGUAUAUGUGUUCAUAGAUGAUGCAAAAGAGGUGGGGUUACUUAGAAGGGAAUAAAAGCAACACCCAAUCAUCUGAUGUCAGACUGAAAAAAUAUAGAUCCCAUGGUAAACAAUCUUAUUUUGGGUGUCUCCCUUGGUAUUUAGGAGUGCUGUGCGUUUUCUGCUGUUCAAUUCUAGUUGUAAAAAAAUGUCAAAAAACCAACUGCCAGUAGAGCAGCUCAAUGCAAUAAAUUAUAUAAAAAGUUCAUCUCCCAUCCCUUAGUCUCCCAACUGUUUCUGAUCUUUACCGACAUCAAAACUUACCUACUCGGGUUGCUAACGUUGAGCUGACCCUUUGGUACCAUUUCUGUGGAGUAGUCAAAAAGGGUGUGUGGGUCAAAAUGAAAGAUUGUAGAAUAUUUCAGAAACCUGAAUAAUUCGUUUUUAAUAAUGUAUAAUAUAGUGAAUGGGGAGAUAAAUAAAAUGGCAUGCACCUUUUUGAUGUGGACAGUGAUAGCAGUGAAGUGCCUUUAAUGUCCAGUAUGACUUAAAGAGAGAAAUGGAAGAGGCUGUUCUUCCUGGUUGAGGCCUAAAUGUUAUCAUUAGUUUAUGAUUCUAAGAAAGAAACGGUAUCACAGUGCCGAUAUUGGUGAGAACCGUACUAUCCCAGCUGGACUGAAGAGCCUUUUAUUGUUGAAGAAUACAGUAGAUAGUUGUCACUCGAGGGCCUUGAUCAGUCAAGAUACAAAUUUUUCCCUGUAAGUAGAGGACUAUAUUCAGUGCAUGAAACCUAUGGUCUUCUCACUGGUGACCUUGUGUUAAUGAAUAAUUUAACCUCCCUUUUGUUGCGCCCAAUACUGUUCCCAAAUUUCCUCCAACUUCACUAUUUAUGUUUCAGAAAUCAGUUGUAAAUUGUGUUUUAAUUUGAAAACAUGAACAAUGAGCUGGCAGGAAAAGUUGAACCGCUGUUUGUUAGGUGCUAUAAAUCUGGGAGUGUACUUUUUUUUUCUUUCUUUUUUUUUUAAGAAAAGGCUAAAAUAUUGGGUUUAAUUUGAGUAUUGGAGAGAGUGGAUUGAGGUAAAAAUGUUGGGACUGUUUGAGUGCUGGUUUGGUUAAAUGCACCUCUGAUUUCUGACUUUGCCUUGUAAAUGAGAGGAUUGUGAAUGAAGUGCAGAACUGCAACAACAAAGUGGUCGCGCUAGAGCUCAUGGCAAGUUCUCUAAUUAGCUUGCUGCUAACUGUGUGAAUUGUGUGUUUUUUUUUCUUACCCAUUAUGUCCCUCCUGUACAUAGCCGUGUCCUGUUUUUGUUUAUCUUCUAGGUUUCAACUUGAGGAAAGGCUAAAUGAAGGAGUGUUUAUCAGUACAUUUUGCUUGUAGCGGCUUGUCAGUGUCAAGAAUGUUUGGUUAAAUGCCUUUUUUCAUUAUUGCAUGCUGGAUGCUUGGAGUUUUUCCUCCCAUUGCAUAUGCUCUUAAGGAUUUAGACACUUAAAAACCACUUGAUUAUUUGUGAUUAGCCCAUAUGCUAGUUGAAAGAAUGCCUUGAAAUAGUGUGCAUUAAGCAAAAGUCCUCAGUUUUGGCAUGGAAAUUGAGCCUUGCACUGACACGCUUUGUUUUGUAACUUUAUCUUCGUAAAUGUUUUCAUGGUUCAGCCAAAAAAAUCAGCUCGUAUAAAUACUCAGUCUUGAAUAUUAACUAGAUAAUGGAUGAAUAACCACCUUGUUUUGUAUGACCAAGAACAGUAAGAGUGCAGAUGGGUAUUUUUCUUUUUCUUUUUCUUUUUGCUUUCAUAAUUUAGGAUUACAUGUUUUCUGCUGCUCACUAUUAACACGCCUUUUAACCUAGUCACCUGGUGGCAUUAGGCUACAGCCCAAAGACCCAACUAUGGCGAGUAGGCUACAGAGUUUUGCCUUAGCUAAACCUAUUUGUACAUUCUCUGCAUGUGGAGAGCCUUCGCCCAAAUUUAGAGAAAUGUGAGUUUAUUCACAGCUUUUGGACGGUAUGCUGUGUAAACACUGAAUCCAGUCAGUGCGCUCUCUGCUUUCCGACAUGGUAGCUGCAUUGCUUAAGAACACAGCAUCACAUGUUGACAUCGUGGUGUGUCGCAACACCUCUGGUAUCCAUGGAUACCAAUAGAUGCCCAUUGUGUUUCCUCUUUGCAGCUUCUCCUAAAAGUUACUAACUCAGUCCGUGCACCUCCUUAAGGAAAAGUGCCUUAUUCAGUUAAUAUUCAUAUAUAGUUGUAGUUUGUAAAAUGAUAUGCCACACCUAUUAAAUACUAAUGUGACUCAGCACUUUCAGACCCCUGUGAAGUGGUUUUCUGUGUUGUAUUUUGCUUAAAUGUCUGUUUUGUGACGCUCAGCCUUAACCUCUUGAUCAAACCCACAGAGCGUUUGCUAGUGACAAGCGUGUCCAGGCAAUUACUAGGCUGCUUUUGUUUAAAAAGUUUGUUAGGUGUAUCUUGUACUUAAUGGCUGGCAUUUCUGUAGCAUUUAAGUGCCUACAUUUUGACAAAUCACACAAUAGAAUUGUAGUUGUUUAAAUGCUGCUGAAAUGGCUAAAACCAGCUAGUGAAUGGCAUAGUUUUCAAAUAGAUGAAGCCUGUUUGUAACCUGGACAAAUUCUCACCAGCACAUAAAAGUAACUUAACCGGUAAUGUUGCAACCACAGCCACAGACCUCUGGUUUUAUUUACUGCGACAUUUCCUCCAUAAUGCAAAUGCAAAAUGUGAUGACCUGAAGUCCACUUUGGUUGUAAUUUUCAAUUGUUGCAAUGAAUGACUUGUUUUCUGUCCGGUAGUAUUUUAAAUUCAAAAUCAAAAUUUGCUUGGUCAUGGAGGGCUCUCCUAUCAGUUUUCAGCCUUGCAGUGUUCAAUUCCAAGAGCAACAAGUAAAAAAAGCUUUUUGAUUCCCUCCUUUGCCUUGUGGCUUUAUUGCUAUGUACACACUCUGUAGUGCCAUAUAUUUGACCUUUUGUGUUAGAGGCCAUCCAUCUUGUAGGUACAAUAUUUUUUUUUGGCUUUGCUCCCAUCCUACUUUGACACACAACUAUUCACACACAGCCAUAUGUAGACAGGUGCCUCUAUGCCUGAAAUGUUUUGUGCUUAUGUGCCCUUUUUUUUUCUCUCUCAAACCUUUUAUUUUGUGCCUUGUUUUCUAGUGUUGCCUUUAGUUUCACAAUGUAAAACCAAUAAAGUUUGAAUAUUGUUAAAACAAA